UCAGCGGCAGAUGGUAGAGUGCUUCGAGAUGCUUUAAGUAGAAGAAAUGGGUUACCAAUACAAGAUGGUUACUACUAUUUAGUGGAUGCGGGUUACACAAAUGGCAAAGGCUUUCUUGCUCCUUUUAGAGGGCAAAGAUAUCAUCUUAGUGAAUGGAGGAAUGGGCGUCAACCAACAACUCCAGAAGAAUUUUUUAAUAUGAAGCACGCAUCAGCUAGAAAUGUUAUUGAGAGGUGCUUUGGUAUGCUAAAGAUGCGCUGGGGCAUUAUUAGGAAUCCAAAUUUUUAUCCAAUCAAGCAACAAGGAAGAAUUAUAAUGGCAUGUUGUCUUCUUCAAAAUCACAUUAGAGAACAUAUGCCAGUUGAUCCUAUUGAAAAUGAUUAUGGUGACAAUUUGCGAAAUGAAGAAGAGGCUAUUGGACUAGAUGGAGAAUCAAUUACUUCUGUUGAACCAACUCAAGAGUGGACAAAUUGGAGAUAUAAUUUAGCUAAUGAAAUGUUUAGUCAGUGGAUGGAAAGUAGACAUGUUGCUUGAUAUUAGUAUUUUAUUUUUUUCUUUCAUAAUAUCUGAAUUUACAAGUGGCAAUCUGACAUUUUGUGUUGAUUGAGGUUAUUAAUAUCUUUUUGUUGAUUUAUCCGAUAAAUUCUUUUAGCUUUCAGUUUGAUUUUUUUGUAUCUUUUAUAUCAUAACAUGUAUGUUAGUUUCUAGUAUAUUUGCUCAUGUUUGAUAUCAAGAAUCUCAGUAUCUUGCUUCUUUGGUGUUUUUUAUUUAUGUUUGAAGCUCAUUCAUAUAAGAGAAUUGUACAGUACUUGUUUCUAUCAAUUUUUCAGAUGGCUCGCCGAGGAAAGAGUAAUCAUGUAUGGACUAUUGAAGAAGAUGCAAAACUCGUAGAAUCCAUUGUUGAGUUGAAGAGGAGUAAGAAUUGGGAUGGUGAAAGUGGAAGUGGGUUGAGGAAAGGUUAUCAAAAGGAGUUGGAAAAAAUAUUACAAGAAAAGCUUCCAGAAUUGAGUGGCUUUGGCUGGGAUGAUGAAAGAAAAUGUGUUACUGCAAGUGCGGAUGUUUGGGAUGAUUAUUUGAAGAGCCAUCCAGAUUGUACUUUCAUGAAAAACAAGUCUUUCCCUUACUUUGAUCAACUAUCAAUUGUAUGGGGUAAAGAUAGAGCUGCUGGAUUACAUGCUGAAGUUCCAGUAGAUGUAGUCGAGGAAUUAGAUAGAGAAGAAAAUGUAGAUCAAGUAGAUGGAGAAUCUGGUGAAGAUGGUGUACCUUCAUUAACUACACCUCGCGACGAAGGAACUUCAAAAAGACUUGAUCGUAAGAGGAGAAGAAGUUCAGAUGGUUUCAUAUCAAGUUUGGAGCGAAUGACUAAUGUGCUUGCUGCGCAUAUGGAUAAGUCGAAUGAUCAAAUGAACAAGAUUCUGGAAAGUGUUACCGGAGGUGACAAAGAGAAAAAAGACAAUCGUCGUAUGCUUUAUGAGAAAUUGCAAGAGAUUGAAGCGUUAACUGAUUCUCAGAGACAAAAAGCUGCAAUGAAACUUGUUCGAGAUCCUGAUUUAUUAGAUUACUUUUUCACUCUUCACGAUGAAGGGGCGAAAAAGAUGUUUCUAAUAGAACUAUUAGGAUGA